AUGAGUGGUUCCACCAUGAAAUGGUACCUACGGCACCUCCGUGAUGGGAAAACCCCGGAGGCAGCGGAGGCUCUAGCGAGGAGCAAGAGCCAAGGAAACAACGCGUAUCCGGCAAAGGGAAACGACAGCAACGUGCCAGCUCGCGCGCAAGGCAGCGGUAAUAACAACCGUGGCCCGGUCAGCAAAGCUCGGACCGUAAGGCGGGGCGACAGCAGGGCACUGCCCGCGGGCACGUACGCCCAAGCCGGAAAAAGGAAGAGCGGCCAAAUCACGCAGCAGGAGCCUCCCCGAUCCAAAAGGGUGCGAGGCACAGAUACAAAGGCAGCCGGGGGCCAACCAUCUGGACCGGCUCCUCACCGGGUGGAGGAGGGGCGGCGCGGAUAUGCGGAUGCUGUCAGAGGCGUCCGCAUGGCUGUUCUGGCUUUCAGAUACCUGGCGGAGUCGCUGAAACCGGAUGAGCUCACCGUGUUUCAGGACAUCCAGAUGGACGAGGCGUCCAAAGGAGAGGACUACACGGCGUCCUUCCGGGGCAUCGACUUCAGGGGAGGUAUGAUGCAGGUGGCCUGCCUGGACGAGUCGUUCGCCGACUGGCUGAGGGAGCACGCUGCAAAGCUGGGAAGCUGGACGGGCCCUGUCCUCUGCGUGAAGAGGGUGGAAGAUGUGCCAAUCAUGCACAGCAUGACGAUGUUCCUCCCUCGGAGCGGGGACAGGACCUACGAACACGCCUUGAACCUGGUGAGGAACCAGAACCGGGGACUAAGUAUCUCGUCCUGGUGUGUUGCAGGCAGCAAGAAGGAAAUGCUAAGCGACAUUGAGGGACGGAGGUUACACCUAUACAUCAACGACGAGUCGUACAAGUAUGUCCGGGCCGCGAGCUUCCGCCUGUUUUACAGGUAUAGCACGGUCGUCAUGCGGCCCUACAAGCCCGCUGACACCGCGAGCAAAGAAGCUAAAACGCCUGCGACUCUACAGGACAGGGGCGUGGAUAACCAGGCAGUGCCGGAGUCCGCCCCGGAGGAAACUAGAAUGGAGGUGGACGAGUUGUCGGAGCAGCCCUGCGGGAGCAAUUCCGGACAGGCAGGGCCAGCAACGACCACUGACGUCCCCGCAGAUGGCCGGAACAUGGAGCUACCCUCAACGCAGGAGCUCGUAGACGGACUAGGAGGCCCAAUGGACAGUAGUGCGGUUGACGGCGGGGUAGAAGAUCUCUCUCUCCUCGAGCCUAUUCUAUGA